AAAAUACCUGAGAUCCAGUACUUAGUUUUAGCCACUGGGUUUCCGCUGCAGUGCAGUCCAGCCACAUCUGGUGUACUACUCUCUGUGCCAUAGGAAGGAAUGAAGCAGUUUGUUUUUGCUCCACUUUUUGCAGGGAUUCUGGCAGAAGAUUUGAAGGUAAUUCUUCUCACCAGCUUCUUCUCACCAGUAGAGCAAAGGGAGCGGAACGUGGCAGAGAAUCCAUCGCAGUUUAUCUGUUGAGACCCCUUGAUCUUUUCAAAAUGGUGUUCUGACACCGAAUACAGAGAACACUAAUUAUUCCUACCAAGUACCUAACUUCCAUAAGUGUGAGGUCUGUUUGCUGUCUUUUCCAAAAGAAACACAGUUCCAGCGCCACAUGAAGGAUCAUGAGCGAAAUGACAAGCCUCAUCGGUGUGACCAGUGUCCAAUGUCAUUUAAUGUGGAGUUCAACCUAACACUUCACAAAUGUACUCACAAUGGGGAAGAUCCUACAUGUCCUGUGUGCAACAAAAAAUUCUCCAGAGUGGCUAGUCUCAAAGCUCAUAUUAUGCUACAUGAGAAAGAAGAGAAUCUUAUCUGUUCAGAGUGUGGAGAUGAAUUUACUUUGCAGAGCCAGCUAUCUAUACAUAUGGAAGAACAUCGUCAGGAAUUGGUUGGAAGCAGGACCCAUAGCUGCAAAUCCUGUAAGAAGGAAUUUGAGACUUCCUCACAGCUUAAGGAGCACAUGAAAACUCACUACAAAAUAAGGGUAUCGAAUCCUAGGUCUUACAACCGAAACAUUGACAGAAGUGGGUUUACAUAUUCAUGUCCACACUGUGGAAAGACAUUCCAAAAACCAAGUCAGUUAACUCGACAUGUUAGAAUACAUACAGGUGAGAGACCAUUUAAAUGCAGUGAAUGUGGAAAAGCAUUUAACCAGAAGGGGGCAUUACAGACCCAUAUGAUUAAGCAUACUGGUGAAAAACCCCAUUCCUGUGCCUUUUGUCCUGCAGCCUUUUCUCAGAAAGGCAAUCUUCAAUCACACAUACAAAGAGUUCAUUCAGAGGUGAAGAAUGGCCCUACAUAUAACUGUACUGAAUGUAGCUGUGUUUUCAAAAGCUUAGGUAGCUUGAAUACUCACAUCAGCAAGAUGCAUAUGAGUGGUUCACAGAAUUCUGCAAGCUCUACAACAGACUCAACUCAUGUUACAACGGAGUCUGUGUCCCAGCCUCUAACAACACCUCCUGCUAACCUGUUGCAACCUGUGGAUAAUAAGUGGAAGAGUGCCACCCAUUUUCGGUCUCCACUUCUUCAACAGACAGAAAACCAGGUAGCUUCAGCAGCUGGUCAUCAGGGGCAACAGGCUGUAACUGAUGUCAUCCAGCAGCUCCUUGAACUAUCAGAGCCAAGUCCAGUGGAAAAUAACCAACCCCAGCAACCUGGCCAGCAACUUAAUAUUGCAGUUGGAAUCAAUAGAGACAUUCUACAGCAAGCCUUAGAAAACAGUGGUCUGUCUUCAAUCCCAGUUUCUGCACAUCCUACUGACUGCAGCCAAAUUAAGACGCCUGCAGCCCAGGAUCAAAAUCCAGAUGUCCAGAAUAUCUCAAAUCACCAAGCUGACCCGAAUAAUGCAGAACAGGAUAAAGGACAAGAAAGUCUAGAUAAAAUGGAUAAAAAAGAGAAAAAGGUCUUAAAGAAAAAAUCACCAUUUUUACCUGGUUCCAUCCGUGAAGAGAAUGGAAUAAGGUGGCAUGUUUGCCCAUAUUGCUCUAAAGAAUUUAAAAAACCCAGUGAUCUAGUGCGUCACAUUCGCAUUCAUACUCAUGAGAAGCCAUUCAAGUGUCCCCAGUGUUUCCGCGCCUUUGCUGUAAAGAGUACCCUUACAGCACACAUCAAAACGCACACUGGCAUUAAAGCCUUUAAGUGUCAAUGUUGUAUGAAAUGCUUUUCCACCUCAGGAAGUUUAAAAGUUCAUAUUCGUCUACAUACAGGUGUUAGACCUUUUGCUUGUCCUCACUGUGAUAAAAAAUUUAGAACAUCUGGCCAUAGGAAAACUCACAUUGCUUCACACUUUAAACACACUGAACUAAGGAAGUUGCGACAUCAGCGCAAACCUACAAAAGUUCGAGUUGGAAAAACCAGUGUUCCAGUACCAGAUAUUCCUUUGCAAGAACCCAUACUCAUCACUGAUUUAGGUCUUAUCCAGCCAAUCCCCAGGAAUAGCCAGUUCUUCCAAAAUUAUUUUAAUAAUGGUUUUGUGAAUGAAGCAGACAGGCCAUAUAAGUGUUAUUAUUGUCACCGAGCAUAUAAAAAAUCUUGCCACCUUAAGCAACAUAUCAGGUCACACACUGGUGAAAAGCCAUUUAAAUGUUCUCAGUGUGGAAGAGGUUUUGUGUCAGCUGGGGUGUUAAAAGCACAUAUCCGUACGCAUACUGGAUUGAAAGCUUUUAAGUGUCUUAUUUGUAAUGGGGCCUUCACUACUGGCGGUAGCCUCAGGCGACACAUGGGGAUCCAUAAUGAUCUUCGACCAUACAUGUGUCCAUAUUGUCAGAAAACGUUCAAAACUUCGUUAAACUGUAAAAAGCACAUGAAAACACAUAGAUAUGAACUUGCACAACAGCUUCAGCAGCACCAACAGGCUGCUUCAAUAGAUGAUUCCACAGUAGAUCAGCAGAGCAUUCAUGUUUCUACACAGAUGCAAGUGGAGAUUGAGAGUGAUGAGUUACAGCAAUCAGAAGCUGUUACAACAGAUCAGCAAGCUAUUUUAGAACUAGAUCAACAGCAAGUAGUUGGGACAGAAGAAGCAGCACUGGGGCAACAAUUGGCUGAUCAGCCAUUAGAGCAAGAUGAAGAUAGGUUUGUGACAUCUCAGCACACUUUACAGGAAAACAUGAAUCAAUUUGAUCAGCAAGCUAUAGCACAGCAGUCAUUUGAUCAGCAGGGAUUAUCACAAGGUUUUACAGUGAAUGAUAGCUACAAUCAGCAGAAUCAAUUUCCAGCUGUGCAGCAGCUACAGGAUUCAAGCACACUUGAAUCUCAGGCUCUUUCAACAAGCUACCAUCAGCCAAAUCUGCUUCAGGUUCCAAACACAGACACUAUUAAUGUAACUACUCGCCUGAUACAAGAUCAGUCACAAGAAGAACUUGAACUGCAUAACCAGCGCCCCCAUUUUCUUGAGGAUAGUGAAGAUCAAAGUAGGCGUUCCUACAGAUGUGAGUAUUGCAACAAGGGUUUUAAGAAAUCCAGUCAUUUGAAGCAGCACGUGCGAUCACAUACUGGCGAGAAGCCCUAUAAAUGCCAACUUUGUGGCCGUGGGUUUGUUUCCUCAGGAGUUCUUAAAUCACAUGAGAAGACCCAUACAGGAGUUAAAGCAUUCAGCUGUAACAUUUGCAAUACAUCCUUUACUACCAAUGGCAGCCUUACCAGACACAUGGCAACUCAUAUGAGCAUGAAGCCUUACAAGUGUCCAUUCUGUGAUGAGAGUUUCCGAACAACUGUUCACUGCAAAAAGCACAUGAAAAAACACCAGGCAGUUUCCUCUGCAGUAACAACAGCUGGAGAGGCAGGAGGAGGAGGAGGAGCCAUAGGGUUGGAAGAAGAUGAUGAAAAUUCUGAGAGGACCUCUAGAAAGUCUCGGCCUGGGGUCAUCACUUUCACAGAAGAAGAAACAGCAGAACUUGCAAAAAUUAGACCUCAAGAAAGUGCUACUGUCUCAGAAAAAGUUCUUGUCCAGUCUGCUGCAGAAAAGGAUAGAAUUAGUGAGAUCAAAGAUAAGCAAGCAGAACUGGAAGCAGAGCCCAAAUAUGCCAACUGUUGUACAUAUUGUCCUAAAAGCUUUAAAAAGCCCAGUGACUUAGUCAGGCAUGUUCGCAUCCACACUGGAGAGAAACCAUACAAAUGUGAUGAAUGUGGGAAAAGUUUUACAGUGAAGUCUACUCUUGAUUGUCAUGUAAAAACACACACAGGCCAGAAGCUCUUCAGUUGUCACGUAUGCAGUAAUUCUUUUUCUACCAAAGGGAGUCUAAAAGUGCAUAUGCGUCUGCAUACUGGAGCAAAGCCAUUUAAGUGUCCACACUGUGAUUUACGGUUUCGUACUUCAGGGCGCAGAAAAACCCACAUACAAUGUCAUUAUAAACCAGAGACCAAGAAGGUCAGGAAGCCUGUCACCCGUGCCUCAGCUGAGGGACUGCAGCCAGUGAAUCUUCUUAAUUCUUCAUCAACAGACCCCAAUGUUUUCAUAAUGAAUAACUCUGUUUUGACAAGUCAGUUUGAUCAAAAUUUGCUUCAGCAAGGACUUGUAGGGCAGGCUAUCCUCCCUGCUUCUAUGUCAGCUGGAGGUGACUUAACUGUGUCCUUGACAGAUGGCAGUUUGGCCACUCUUGAAGGAAUACAGUUACAGCUUGCUGCUAAUCUGGUUGGACAGAACGUUCAAAUUUCUGGAAUUGAUGCUGCUAGUAUUAACAACAUCACAUUGCAGAUCGAUCCCAGUAUCUUACAGCAAACCCUGCAGCAGAGUAAUCUACUUGCUCAGCAGCUGACAGGGGAUUCCAAUAUGCCUGCACAGAACAGUUCCCUCCAGGCACCAGACAACACAGUGCCAGCUAAUGUGGUUAUCCAGCCCAUAUCAAGCCUAUCUUUACAGCCCACAGUUACCUCUUCAGCGAAUAUGACGAUAGGAUCCCUUUCUGAGCAGGAAUCUGUGUUGACAACUAGCAGUAGUGGUGCACAGGAUCUCUCUCAAGUGAUGACGUCGCAGGGCAUGGUGUCCACGUCAAAUGGUCAACAUGAGAUAACAUUGACUAUAAAUAAUUCAAGUUUGAGUCAAGUCCUAGCACAUGCUACUGGUACCUCCACUACAAACUCAUCAGGAAGUCCACAAGAAAUUACUCUAACUAUUUCUGGUCAAGAUCUUAUUCAGCAUAAUUCUUCUGGAAGUAGUGAUAUGAAUGGGAGCUUAAGACUGACGACUCCAGCAAUCAGCAAUCAGUCAACAGGUGCUACUAUAACUAUAAGCAAUGAUCAGCUUCUCUCUCAGGGUACAUCACUGAACACUUCAGAGCUUAAUACAUCAGGUGGAAACCUUCCCUCAACACCACCUAUGUCUCAAUCUACUGUUUCUUCCCAGAACUUAGUAAUGUCUUCAUCAGGGGUUGGAGGAGAUGGCAGUGUCACCUUGACCCUUUCUGAUACUCAGGGCAUGUUGUCUGGUGGUCUCGAUGCAGUUACACUUAAUAUCACUUCACAGGGUCAGCAGUUCCCUGCCUUACUGACAGAUUCCAGUCUCUCCAACCAGAAUGCAUCAGGUUCGCAGCAAGUCAUAUUGGUGAGCCAUACACCACAUUCAACAUCUGCAAACUCGGAUGAAAUAACAUAUCAGGUUACUGAGGUUUCUCCUAACCUGACUAAGGGCACUCAAGCAGAAAAAGAAGGUCGAGUACACCAGUGUUUUGAAUGUAAUCAAACCUUUCCAUCAACUACCAUGUUAAUGCACCACAGUAAAGAGGUUCACGGCAAGGAGAGAAUCCAUGUCUGCCACAUCUGCAAUAAAGCCUUUAAACGGGCAACCCAUCUGAAGGAACACAUGCAGACCCAUCAGGCUGGACCAUCACUAAGUUCUCAGAAACCAAGAGUUUUUAAAUGUGAUACUUGUGAAAAGGCUUUUGCUAAGCCAAGUCAGCUGGAGAGACACAGCCGUAUUCACACAGGGGAGCGUCCAUUUCAGUGUACACUUUGUGAAAAAGCCUUUAACCAGAAGAGUGCGCUUCAAGUGCAUAUGAAAAAGCACACAGGAGAGAGGCCUUAUAAGUGUGAUUACUGUGCAAUGGGCUUUACACAGAAAAGCAAUAUGAAACUUCAUAUGAAAAGAGCUCAUGGCUAUGUUGGUACUGUACAAGAAUCUGCCAGUCACCAAGAACAAGAAGGGGAAGACAUUAAUCGUGCUUUGAAUUUAGAAGAGGUGGUUCAAGAAUCCUCAAAUGAAUGGCAGAGUAUAAGCAAUGUAUUUCGAUGACACUUGGGUGAAAGCUUAAAAGGCUUUCAGGACUUGAAAAUUCUCUACAUAACUUUUGAGAAAAGUAAAGAAUAUGGAUUUUACAGUUAAAGCUUCAAGCAUUGAAAACAUUAACAGUAGAAUAAUAUAUUAUAGUUUUUUUAAUUAUUUACAAAAAGUACCUAAAGAAUCAUUGUCUUUUGUAAGCUUGUAGAACAAUAUUGGAAAAAAAAACCCCAUCAAUUAAUUUGUGCUUAGUUGUCUACAAAUCAGUGAACUCAGGUAAUAUAUGCAGUUUCAUCUUCUAAUUCACAGUCAGUGUAUCUACUUGAAAAAUUAACUGGAACUUCAUGUCAGGAAAGAGUGGUUCCCCAGUAUUAGCAAAGUAGGAACUCCAUGAAAUCUCAUUAAUUUUUUUAGUAUAUAAAGAAAUAUUUGGCAUUGGAAAGAAAAAUGUUAAGAAGUAGAUGUAUGCAGUACAGAGUUGAAUUUUACAUUUCACAGGAAAUUGUUACAUUUCUGUUUUUAACCUCUUGGUGCAUUUUAAGAAGUGGUAGAAAGUGAAUCUCUGUUGCAUUACAGGACAUUUCUAAAGCUAACCUCUUGAGAGAGCUGAGUCAUUUCUAUUCUGAUUUCAAAGACAGAUGGCCAUUAUUUUUACAUUAAAAUGUCUGAGGCUUCAAACUCAGCAAUAAAGCCUCCAAGAGAAUUCAGCUAGAAGAUGAACUGAUUGAACAUCACCUUUUUGUUUUCCGUAUGGAUCAUCAGAUACAUAUCUCAGUAUCUGUGGAAAGCACAGCCAUAUACUAAGCGUGAUAAAUAGCAUAAACUUUUACAUUGAAUAGCUUGCAGGAAGUGAACUACACAACAGGUUGCUUCAGUUUAACAUAGAAGUAAUCUGUAGUGUAAAAAGUUACAGUACCAAGUCCAUAAAAUCCUUAUUUUCUUUUUAAUCAAUUCUGAAAAUAUUUUACUUCUUUAAAUCAUUGUUUCAGUAAAACUAGCUAGUUAAUUUAGUGCUCACCUGAAACGUGCCAUUUGUUUAGCAUAUUCAAAACAAAGAAACACUGGAAUAAAUGUCAUCUUUUAGACAUUCCAAAGACAGAAAGCUCUUUUCUUACUUUUACUCUGUUCCUUUGAAUUUAUUUAUAUUUUUUAUAUAUAGUGUGUGUACAUAUUAUAUAUAUGUAUAUAUACAGAUAUAUAAGCCUCUGUGUGGCUGUUCAGUAUAUUUUGUAAAUACUAAUUGCAGUUGCAGGAAGAGUUCAACACAUUUUCAUCUUCAUAUGAACACUUCUAGAUCAGUGUUAGAUUUACUGUCUUGUAAAAUAGAGUUGGUUUUUAUUUUACUUCCUGAAUAAUUGCCCUCAGAUCCAAUCUUCUCCCCCCUUUUCUGUAAAUAUUAUCAAUACUUUGUGUAUUAUGAGACCUAGUCAUUUCAGAUUCCUGAAGCAAGAAAUCACUGCUGGUUUUGAUAGGGCACCUCUUAAUUUCUUUUGUUAACUCUUGGCAUAUGUAUAUAAGUAAUAUAGCUGGUGAAUUAAAAUAACAUUUUGUUAUGUGGAAUAUUUAAGUCAGAAAAAUGUUAAAUAAUAUUAAUUUUUUCCAAA